AGUCGGUACUCGCCGACCUUGGGCGCGCCCCGUCGGUCCUUCGCCUGGAGUGACGUGACACCAUCAUCCAAACCGGCGGGCACCAUCAGCCAUCUUUUUUGUGUGGAACUUAUAACUCAGUAGUGCGGCCGUUUCUCUGUUUCACAUCGAACUCAAUGUCGUGGUACCAGAAGCAAAUCCGAUUGCAAGCUCGCUCCCAAGGUUGCUUUCUCGUGCAUAAUGAGAUUGUAAGCCAAGUCCCAGAAAUUAAAAACUACAAAGUCGGCAUGGCCAACAUCUUUUUGCAGCACACUUCCGCAUCCCUCAUGCUCAACGAGAAUGCGGAUCCGGACGUAAGAAAGGACAUGCAUAUGGGCUUGGAUAAGAUUGUUCCCGAAACUCUUCCAUAUAUACAUACGGACGAAGGACCGGACGAUAUGCCUGGUCAUUUGAAGUCUGGUAUCGUUGGCGUCUCGCUAAAUAUCCCAAUCACGAACGGCCAACUCAACACUGGCAUGUGGCAAGGUAUCUAUUUGUGUGAACAUCGUCAUCACGGUGGUAGUCGUAAGGUAGUAGUGACCUUGCAGGGUGAAAAGAAAUAGAUGGCACGCUAUUUGCUGCUAGUAGAUGCGUAUCUUUUAAAGACACGACGCCUCCAUGUUUUGUACAAAAAUAUAAACAUUUUUUGACAUGCUUAUGUAUACGGAAUGUAUGGCGUUUUAUCGCGAGGGUGCUUGGAUGAACGCGUCUGUCUUGACUUAACGCU